AUGAAUGGAUAUGACACAUCAUAUCGUAGUCAAAACUACGAUAUUUCUAAAAAUGCCAAAAAUAAGAGAACAAGAAUCCCAACAUCAUGUCUACUAUGCAGAAAAAGAAAAAUUAAGUGUGAUAGAAAAAGACCCCAUUGCAGUGGGUGUUUAGCAAAUAAUACUUCUCAGCUAUGUAAGUAUGAGAUUAAGCCAUGGUCGAAAGAGUAUUUUGAUGCCAAUAAUAAGGAACCGUGGCAACAAGAAAUCGAGGAGUUGAGGUUAAAAGUAAAAUCACUCGAAAAGACUCUUGAGCAACAGCAAUUAGAAUUAGAAAUCAGAUCCGAGACAAGUCUUCCCUCUUCGGUAACAUCUAGUAAUCAAAACGAUUACAAAAAGGCUCAGAAUGAGGGAGAUAUGACUAUUUUAGAUUUGGCAGAGAAAUUUGAUUUCCUCGUUGUGAAGGAUCUGAGGUUAAGAUAUUUCGGUCCCACAUCUUCCGUUGCACUUAUACGAAAUGAUAAGUACGCGGCAUCAAUAUAUUCGAAAUACUUUAAAGAGCAAAACAAGAAGUUUAAAGAGAUUACUACUAAACACGGGGGUGUUGGAACUCAAAAAUACGACAAUGGUGCUGAAAGUGGCGAAUGUUCAUAUAGGCCAUCGUUUGCAGGUAAUUUCCCAGAGCUUCCUUCAUUGGAAAUAAUAAAUUUACUACUUCAUCGAUUCUUCGAGUUCUGUUAUCCACUUUUUCCAUUUAUUGAUGAGAUGGAUUUUAUGGCGGACGUAAGAGUUAUUUUGACUGAAGAGAAUAAAAUCAAUUUAAGCCUUCAUCAAGAAAGUACAUUUGCAAUUCUAUUAAUAAUGUUGAGAUACUCUUAUCUCACUCUUUCCUUUCAAAAAGAUUUAAUUCAAUUACCAGAAGCUAGAUUUGAUCUUGCACAAAAAAUUGCGAUUUCCGAAGUAAAUAUACCACCGUCUUAUGUGGAAUAUGCCAAACACCUCAUCAUAUCACCUAACAGCCUCGGAAAGAUGACUCUUAGAACUAUUCAAGCUGCUUUGUUUUUGAGAGUUUAUAAAAAACAAUGUCCUGAAGAUGACGACAUAGGAACAGAUAAUGAAAUAUUGUUGGGAAUUCUGAUUCAAAUGGCCAGAUUUCAUGGUUUUCAUAGGGGUACUGUUGAGUUAGAUAAAGAGCUUGUGAGUUCAAGCGAUAUUCAACUUUGGAAGAAGAUUUGGACUCAAUUAUUAUAUCUUGAUGCCAUGCAGAGUUUUGCUAAUGGAACCCCUUUAUUGGUAUCUGAUGACGAGUUUAAUAGUCAGGGGUCGUAUGAUAGCUUCAACUUUCAAAUUCAAGAUAUUUUGAUAACAAGACAGUUAACUUUGACACAUACGGCGGCAAAAUUGACAAGAAGUAUUGUGCGGAUUACAAGUCAAAUGCACAGAAGUUUUAAACGGUCAGAUUUAGAUGAAUUAAUUGUUGAGAUAAAUGAUUUGCUUUUUAACAAAAUGAGGACUUUUGAUCAAUUAUGUAAUUCAGAUAGUCAUCUAAUUGAUGAAAACGUCACUGACAGGGCACACGAGUUCAUGUUAAGAAUAGAUAUGUACUUUAAAUCAUAUGCUUUGUACUAUAUACUAUUUUAA